ACACUCCUUUACAUAGAAGAUUCUCUCCCCACAAGCCCCCCUUAUAAAUCUUCCUACUUCCUCACUCAGUUCCUACAGAGAACAACUGAAACCAAGCAUCAUGCACCCCACGUCUCUUCUCUCCUUUGCGGUCCUCCUGCCCACGAUCACCGCCCAUGUUACAAUGUUUGAACCCAAACAAUGGAAUGUUCCGGAGGUAGUUCGCGCUACCGUCGAAAAGUCAGAUGGUAACCUCAACCCGCUCCAAAACGACGGCAGCAACUUUCCUUGUCACGGCGUCGCCCCUGAGGCCCCGGUAGCGACCUAUCUACCGGGAACCUCCAACCCACUGAAAAUCAAGGGCACUGCAGUUCAUGGCGGCGGCAGCGGCCAGAUGGCAAUCACUUACGACACGAAUCCAACCAAGAACACCGUUUUCCGAGUAAUGACAAGUUAUAUGGGCGACCAUCCUAUCAAGGCUGCUGGGAACUUGGGUCCGGAAGAUCGGGACCCUACCGGAUUGAAGUCUGAACUCGAGCUUUGGAAACUUAAUCCGCUGAGCUUCACCGUGCCGAAGGGAUUGCCGAAGGGAAAAGCGGUCGUGGCUUGGACUUGGUUCAAUCGCAUCGGUAAUCGCGAGAUGUACAUGAAGUGCUCUACUGUUAUGAUUGGCGGGGAGGAAACGUCGAUGAGUGCUUUUGAGGCACUACCAGGAUUGUUCAAAGCCAAUAUUGGUGGAGGGUGCACCGUUCCAGAACAGACUACGGCAAUAGAUUUCAAGAACCCAGGUCCAGAGGUUUUCGGAAAGGGAAUCACUCCUGUUCCCUGCGGAGAACCUUUAUCGAAAGGUACCGGCGGGGCACCAGCGGGAAAUUCUGGACCUGAACCUAAGCCUUCAGUCGGAAACUUUACCGCUCCCAGUAAAACCAGCAGUUCCGCUCCUUCACCGCCUUCACCGCCUGUAGCAGAUGCCUCCAGUGAUGAGGAGGUGGUCACUACUCAAGUUACCUUCACGCCUUCGCCGACCGCCACGAACAAUGUGCAGCCUCCGACUUCACCGAUGAAUGCCCCUACUACUCUUCUCUCAUCCACAUUCCGCUUCUCUCCCCCUCUGCCAACAGGCACCGCAUCGGCCGUUGCCUGCAAGGCCGAGGGUGAGGUCACAUGCGGUGAGAACAACACUUGGUACUUGUGCGGCUCUGGCCGUAAGCAGUUCAUGGGUAGACUCGCCGCUGGUACUACCUGCACUGCUGGAAAGAUCGCCAAGAGGGGUGUCCGUGGAUACUACUUCUAAACACCUAACGAGAUAUUUCGUUUUCCCUCACUCCUCCACCACAAUUUUAUGAUUACUUUUUUUUUUGCACUUCCCCUCAUUUCCCUAUCCAUGUUUUUAAUUCGUCUUUCGGUAGAGUGGAGGGCUGCUGUUUCUAAUCUCAAUUUCACUACUUAAUACAUGUAUCUGCCUAGAUGGCUUCCUUCAUUUUUUGCUUCUCUCACUGCUUCUACAGCCAAGGGCGCAAUAAGGAGGUGCCCUCUAGAGCGGAAGUUUUGGGAAAAUUUUGUAAUAGUUGACCGGGAGGGGGGUGUUGCUGGUAGACGUCGCCUUGUCCUUUCAGUUAGUGUGUUUCAAAUACUAGUAGUGGAUACAAAUUAUGGAAACGCUAGAAAAACUGCUUCUUUGUCUCACUAUUCCUGAUAUCCUGGAGUGACCAUGAACUAUCACACGCCACUGAGACAACUAACUAGAAUCCACGAGUAAUCUCACGUGAUGAGGGAGGAGCCAAAAAAUAGGAGGGAGGAUAUCAUGCUGGGAUAGAUAUUCGCACGACCCCUUGGUUGUAAAUUGUGACCACUCCCCCACACCCGGAAAGAGUAACCCCUAAGUCCAUCUCCCGAAAGACUAG